AGUUCUGUUGUUACAACACAUACGAUCGCACCCCCACUUUGAAAAUCUUGGAUAUAGAAAAACAGAAACAUGAUGGAGGAUCAUCCGACAGGCUUCAGGUUCUAUCCAACUGAGGAAGAGCUCAUCUCUUUCUAUUUGCACAACCAGCUCCAGGGCUCACUACAGGACCGGCUCCGCUGCAUCAUCCCCGUCCUCGACAUUUACGCAACUGAGCCGUGGAAUCUCCCAGAGCUUUCCGGAGAGCUGUGCCGGGAAGACAAAGAGCAAUGGUUCUUCUUCGCCCCGAUGCAGGAGUCAGAAGCCAGAGGAGGGAGACCGAGCAGAAGCACGGCAGUGGGUUACUGGAAAGCGACAGGGUCGCCCGGUUACGUCUACUCGUCGGACAGCAAAGUGAUUGGGACGAAGAAGUCCAUGGUCUUCUACGUGGGAAAAGCUCCCACAGGAAAAAAAACCAAAUGGAAAUUGAACGAGUGUAGAGCCCUAGAAACAAUCUCACCUCCCAAUUCCAAUUCUUCAAGUUCUAGCAUGCCUGUGUUUAGGUUGAGACUUGAAUACGCGUUGUGCCGAGUGUACGCUGUGUCCGGGAGCUCCCGAGCAUUUGAUCGUCGGCGACUGGAGUUGGUGCCUGGAGAGACACUACAAGGUGGAGAUGGUGGUCGCGGCAGCUGCAGCGGGGGCGGCGGAUCCAUUUCCCCAUCAGGAUCAGUGAUAGAGUGUGACGCUGGAAUUUCAGGUUACGUGGGGACGAUUAGUAUGAAAAUAGAAGGACAAAUAUGGGAUUGGGACCAACUCAACUGGUUUUAGCACAGUCCUCAGAAUGAUAGUUGUUUGUCAAAUGAUGUUUUUUUUUUUUUUUUGUGUCCCUUUGUACUUUCCAUUGGGUGCUCAGACGAAUCCAUAUUUUGUAUGGAUCUCAACCAUUGGAAAGAAUAAAAACUCGCGAUGGAAUAACUUUUAAUGACAAUGUUGUGUCCUC